AAACAAUCGUUGAACAUCAGCAGAAUCGAAGCGUUUUUUGCGAUUUCUACGCCGAAAAAUGAGCUUAUUGAUACGUAAAUGCUGCGUACCGACGUGCAACUACAAGGAAACCUCGUCAGACGUUUGGUUUUACGAGUUUCCGACGCAUGGAGAACUUUUCAACACCUGGACAAAGCGUUUUUCGUUCCUGACGACGCUCAGGGGCGACUUGCAAAUCAUUUGUAGUUCGCAUUUCGAUGAAAGCUCCUUCAAAAGUGACGGAGAGUUACGCGAAGACGCCAUUCCAACGAUGAACAUGCCGGAAAAAAGUAAAAAUAUCGAAGCAACGGAUCUUUUUGUUGCCUUAUUCAUCGACGACUCGGGCAAAUUUGUGACUUUCAGUCUUGUGGAGUACAAAACUGUCGAAAAAUGGGAGAACGAUGACCGAUUCGAGUAUGCUGUGGCUGAAGUCUUCACCAGCGCGGACAGAAUUGAUGACAAAAAGUUCGGAACCAUGGGCAGUAUCUUCAAUUGUGCGCGAUGUCACACCGGAAAGGAGUUUGGAAUUGUUUUCAUGCAAAAACGAGACGUACCUGAAGUGCUCGAAGACGAGGAAGAAGUGGUACAUGAAACGGAAAUUUUUCAAACAGUGGUAAAACCGGAACCUGUAUCACCCCGAACCAUUGAAAUUCCAGUACAAACACAAAAACGCAAGGCCUCUCCGGCUUCCAAGCCGCAUCAACAGUCGUUACUGAAGAAAUCUCGAACAACGCCGACCAAAUCGUCGCUUCCUUCAAUCCCAACGAAUCCGACAACGAAAGAAGAAACCAUCAUGGGCGUCAAAUUCUUCAGUCAACGCAGUUGUAAUAAGUGUGGCGAGACCCCAAGUGACGAAGAAGCUCUACAAAAUCACGUGGAAGAGUGUUACGAAUCGCGCAAUGAUAGUUUCUCCGGCAAAACUGUUGUCCGUGGCGGUCAACGGAUUCGCGAAAAUUACAUUUGUACGAAAUGCAAAAUCUCCGUCAUUAAGCGAGAUGUUUACGCUCAUGCGGAAUUCCACGUGAAAUUUGCUCCUUAUGCGUGUAAAUGCUCAAAAUGCUUCGCUACGGAAGAGGAACUCAACGAACACUCGAGCAUUUGUGGACAACAUUUAUUCUGCUGCAAAAUGUGUCAUAAGGAGUUUGUCAAGAAAAAGGACUUUACCGAUCACCGAGCUCAAGUUCAUGGCAUUGCGACUCCAGCAAAACGCAGAAAAUAAAGAAAAAUUGACUUAAGAAGAGAUUUUUAUUAGAAUUUUU